GUCCUAUGGGUCCAAUGGGAAUGCCUCCUAACAUGCCUCCAGGAAUGCCCCCAAAUAUGGGUCCAAUGGGAAUGCCCCCUAGACCUCCUUCUCAAGGUGUUCCACCACGACCCCUAUUUCCUUCAGCAGUUCAGUCUCAGCCACCAAAUUUAAUGGGUAAUAGUAGUAUAGGUAUGAGUAAACCCACCUUCCCGGCAGCUGCCUCAGUGUCCUCGAGUGCCACCAUCACUGGAGCUCCAAUGAUUAAAAAGCCAGAGUCUAGCUCAGGUUUGACUUCUAAAUUAAUGCAUCCCGAUGAGGAUAUAUCAUUGGAAGAAUACCGAGCCUCUUUACCACGUUACAAGAAAACACCUGGUGUUUCCAUGACAACUCAGCCUCCUACUAUGGUUACUGUAAGUCAAAUGCAGCCAAUGAUGUUAGCUCAAGCUGGAAUGAUGGCAGGUGCAAAUCCAAGAAUGAGACCACCAAUGUCACAAGCACCAAUGAUGGGAGGACUACCUACAACAAUGGCCAAUCAAAUGUCCAUGGCCCCGGGUAAUCGUUUUAACAUGCCGUUUAACAAUGCUAUGAGAGGAACGGGCAGAAUGAUGCAGGGAGGACGUUAUUAG